AUGGCUGCAGGUGGUGGUCGAGCCUUUGCUUGGCAGGUGUUUCCCCACAUGCCUACCUGCCGGGUUUAUGGCACUGUGGUAAACCAGGAUGGGCACCUACUGGUUUUGGGGGGUUGUGGCCGGGCUGGGCUACCCCUGGACACUACUGAGGCAUUGGACAUGGCCUCGCACACAUGGUUGGCACUGGCACCUUUGCCCACUGCACGGGCUGGUGCUGCUGCCGUUGUGCUUGGCAAGCAGGUGCUAGUGGUGGGCGGCGUGGAUGAGAGCCAGAGCCCAGUAGCUGCUGUGGAAGCCUUCCUGGCUGAUGAGGGCCGCUGGGAGCGCCGGGCCACCCUCCCUCAGGCAGCCAUGGGGGUUUCAACUGUUGAGAGAGAUGGUAUGGUGUAUGCUCUGGGAGGAAUGGGCCCUGACACGGCCCCCCAGGCCCAGGUACGGGUAUAUGAGCCCCGCCGGGACUGCUGGCUUUCACUACCUUCCAUGCCCACACCCUGCUACGGGGCUUCUACUUUUCUGCAUGGGAACAAGAUCUAUGUCCUGGGAGGCCGGCAAGGCAAGCUCCCAGUAACUGCUUUUGAGGCCUUUGAUCUGGAGGCCCGUACCUGGACCCGGCACCCAAGCCUGCCCAGUCGCCGGGCCUUUGCUGGCUGCGCUAUGGCGGAAGGCAGUGUCUUUAGUCUGGGUGGCUUGCAGCAGCCGGGGCCCCACAAUUUCUACUCUCGUCCACACUUUGUCAACACUGUGGAGAUGUUCGACCUGGAACAUGGGUCCUGGACCAAGCUGCCCCGUAGCCUGCGCAUGAGAGAUAAGAGGGCUGACUUUGUGGUUGGCUCCCUCGGGGGCCACAUUGUGGCUAUUGGAGGCCUUGGAAACCAGCCGUGCCCUCUGGGUUCUGUGGAGGGCUUCAACCUUGCACGGCGGCGUUGGGAAGCACUGCCCACCAUGCCCACUGCACGCUGCUCCUGUUCCAGCCUGCAAACAGGGCCCCGGCUAUUUGUUAUUGGGGGUGUGGCCCAGGGUCCCAGCCAAGCUGUGGAGGCACUGUGCCUGCGUGAGGGAGUAUGA